UGUCUGUCUGAGGGGUUCAGAGGUUUUUGGAGGGGGGUAUGUGAGGUUGGACUUGGGUGAAACUGAACUCUUUGGGUUUUCAUUCAGUUAGCAGGCACCAUGGCUCAGCUGGUGGAGUGUGUCCCCAACUUCUCCGAGGGCCGAAACAAAGAGGUGAUCGAUGCCAUCUCAGCAGCCAUCUCCAGCACACCCGGCUGCAGCCUGCUGGACGUCGACCCUGGAGCCUCCACUAACCGCACCGUCUACACCUUUGUGGGCUCUCCUGAGGCAGUGGUGGAGGGGGCGCUGAACGCCGCCCGCCAGGCCUUCAGCCUUAUUGACAUGAGAAAACAUUCAGGUGAACAUCCUCGGACCGGGGCCAUGGACGUUUGUCCCUUCAUUCCCGUCCAGAACGUCAGCAUGGACGACUGCGUGCAGUGUGCCAACGUGUUCGGACAGAAACUGGCAGAGAUGCUGCAUGUGCCCGUGUAUCUUUAUGGAGAAGCAGCUCGAACAGUGACCAGGAGAAGCCUUCCAUCUGUGCGAACAGGAGAGUACGAAGCUUUGCCUGAAAAGUUGAAACGUGAUGAAUGGGCCCCUGACUUUGGCCCCGCCGACUUUGUACCAUCUUGGGGCGCAACGGUAACUGGUGCUCGUAAGUUCCUCAUUGCCUAUAAUGUGAACCUGAUCAGCACUAAAGAACAGGCUCAUCGCAUAGCACUGGACAUCCGGGAGCAGGGUCGAGGGAAGGACCAGCCUGGGCAGCUGAAGAAGGUGCAGGGGAUUGGUUGGUACCUGGAUGAGGCUAACCUUGCUCAGGUUUCCACCAACAUUCUGGACUACGAGGUGACGCCCCUCCAUGCUGUGUAUGAGGAGAUCUGCAGAGAUGCGGAGGACCUGAACUUGCCUGUGGUCGGCUCUCAGAUUGUUGGCCUGAUCCCUCUGAAGGCUCUGCUGGACUCUGCUGACUUUUACAUCCAGAGAGAACGACUCUUCAUUAUCGAAGAGGAGCACAAAGUCCGACUGGUGAUCAGUAAACUUGGCCUCGACUCCCUCGGUCCGUUUAAUCCAAAGGAGAGAAUCAUAGAGUACAUGGUGAAGUCACAGGAGGAUGGACAGCUGGUGUCUUUGUCUCUGCAGCAGUUUGUUCAGAGCGUUGGUGCUCGGACAGCAGCUCCCGGAGGAGGAUCAGUUUCUGCAGCAGUUGGUGCAAUGGGGGCCGCACUGGGUGCCAUGGUUGGUCAGAUGACAUAUGGGAAGAGGCAGUUUGAGAAUCUGGACAGUGUGAUGAGGAGGCUGAUUCCUCCAUUUUAUCAGGCCAUGAAUGAAUUGCUGGACAUGGUGGAUGCCGACUCCUCCGCCUUCAACAGCUACAUGGCAGCACUGAAAAUGCCAAAGAAAACUGCAGAGGAAAUGAAAAGGAGAGAAGCUGCGAUGCAGGAAGGACUGAAGCAAGCUGUUGCCGUCCCAUUGGCUCUUGCUGAGAGGAUCAGCAUCCUUUGGCCGUCUCUUAAAGAAAUGGUUGUCUACGGAAAUUUUAGCUGCAAGUCUGAUGCUCAGGUAGCAGCUAAAGCUUUAGAAACAGCUGUUUUUGGAGCAUACUACAAUGUCACGAUCAACCUCAAAGACAUCACAGAUGAAGCCUUCAGAGCAGCAACCCAGAAGAGAGCGUCAGAACUGCUGCAUGAAGCCAAAGACAGUAGUGCUGCCAUCCUCCAUGCUGCAGAGAAAAGAAACUGAAUAGACUGAAGAAAUCAAUAAAGCAGCACAAGCAAGAUAAUCUGACAUUAAUGUGACUUUAAACACUGAAGAGCUGGAUACAAUGAAUGUAUUACAAGGGAAAAUCUUCAGAAUAAAGAGGUUACUUGAAAUGGUAAAAGUUUUUAAUUUUUGGUCAUUUCUUUCCGUUCAUAUUCACAGAGCAGAAUCACAAUAACAUUUUAUUGUAAGAUGAUUUUCUGUCGGGACAGAUUAUGUUGCAGUGGACGAACAUGGUACUAGAAAUACUGGUAAAAAUUGUAUCGUAUGCGAUGGCAGACCGUGGAGAUGUGGGGAAAGAGGACCCAAACGCCGGCAGGGCUCUAGACUAACUUUUUGCCAUGGGCUGUUAAGGUUCACAUAAUUGAGGAAGGAGAGUACAAACAACCAGGUCCAGAAGAUCUUGGUCAAACAAUUGAUUUUAAUGAAUACACGUGUGGGAAGACCACUGUACGCAGACAGUAAUUAAUCUUCGACUUAAUCAAAGCAUACACAGAUUUUUAUAGCAUCAGGGUUUGAAUUAACGACGCCCCUUCAUACGUCACAGACAGAAUAUAUACAUACGUCAAAUCAAAACCACAAUAACUUUUAACACAGUUUAAAGGAACGUUGUCUUCUAUCUUCAUGGCCGGUACUUCCUGUCACUGCCAGAUGCUCGCUUGUCAUCUUGACACCUCAGCAGCAGUUCUGCGACAAACUGCUCUUUUGCAACCCCAAGAAAAACAUGAUUAAACUUCCACCUAUAAAUGAUUCUCUCUAACUGAGUGUGUGUGUGUGUCUAUGUCGUCCUCAAAUGCUCUCUCAAUUCACCCGUUGCACUUCUGAACUUUUACCAGACCAGAGGCUCAUCCUUAUGUGUAAUAACCUAACUGAAACUAUAUGUACUAUGUUGAAUAAAUGUUUUAAUCAAGAACUUCUACUAAAAGCUUAG